GGACGAUUUUGUAGCCCUGGCCCAGGCACGUGUAGCUUAUAUUCGGUUGUAUACAAAACGUAAAUAUGAGUGUCAAUGAAUAUAUUGCUGAGGCAGCAGCUAUUGAACUACCCAGCUCAGAAGAUGAACCUGAUACUGAACAGGCAGAGGACGCGGACGUCUGUAGCGAUCAGCAGUUGGCAAACGAAUUUCGUGUGCACUACAUAAAGGAUGAAGCAUCGUUAGGCUUUGAGCAAUCGUAUAUUCUAAGUUUAACUGCUUCUACUGAUUUUACGCGACUUGCUGUAGGCCAAAAUAUUCCGGCUGUGAAGAUCUACGAUUUGAGUAAAGGAGGCGAACUAACGCAAAUACAAGAGCUUGUUCCACGAUCAUUGCCCUUGAAGAAGAGAGGGCGAGAAGCAUUUAAUCGUGGUGUUCGCUUUUUGGAAGAUAAUGGGAAUACAUUGCUAGCCGGCUACUCAAAUGGACAAGUGAAACUCUUCGAUUUGCGCACACCUGUCGAACAAGCAACAUUUAUGUCUGAAUUCGUACCUCCUGUGCCACCAUCUAUUAGAUGUUUCGAUCGCAAUGCGAAUAGUCGAAUCCUGUGCUGCGGCACAAAGCUUACAACCAGUGCUUAUUUACUCUUCUUUGAUAUAAGAAAGCGUAAAGAGCUAGGCUCCUACUGCGAAAGCCACUCGGAUGAUAUCACUUCGGUUCGAUUUCAUGACACAUAUCCCGAUUUGCUUUGCACCGGCAGCACUGAUGGCCUAAUAAAUGUCUUUGAUAUCAAAGAAAGUGAUGAAGAUGAGGCGCUUAAAAACACAAUUAAUACUGAGAGCAGUGUGCACCGUCUCAAUUGGCAUCAGGAUGCUAAUAAUAAGGAGGUUAUCACUUGUAUUACACACACAAAUGAUUUCAAGAGCUAUGAAUGCUUAGAAGGUGAUGAUUGGUUAUCCUUUAAACGUUCUGAAAUUGUUGCUGGCAUAAGACGUAAAAGUCCAGCCAAUUUCAAUCUAAUCAAUGCUCACACUAUGCUGGAUAAGGGAUUAUUUUUGCUAGCGGGCACAAACUUCCAUAGAGGUGAAGUUUUGCGUUCUGUAAUUGCUCCGGCCAAGGGCUUGUUGAAGCCUUUUACAAACUAUGUUGGUAAUAAACAGGUUGUACGCGAGAGUCUUUACGACGCCAAGCGAGAUCUGCUUAUCACAAGCGGCGAAACCGGCCUCAUUUCCAUUUGGACAAGCGAUGCGAGCGACGUAAAAAGCAACGAUAAUUUAAGAAAAAUGAGAUUUGCCAAAAGUCGCAAGAGUACACCGUAUUAAGUAGUCCUUAAUAUAAAUAUAAUAUUAAAUAAAUACUUUUAAGUUAAA